UCGUCUUCUUUCCUCUGUAAAACCUUCGUCCUCUACGCUUAAACCCUAGAGCUCUAAAUUCCUCAAAAAUGUCCGCUAUAGCUCGAUCGAAAUCGCGCAUUUUCUCAAUAAUUUCACGAAGUAAUCGCCGAUUUUCUUCAAAUGUAACUACAGAACCUCCAAAGGAACCAAUAAUCUCUUCAUCUUCUCUCCUCAAAGAUCAGCCUCCGCCACCUCAGAAUCAGUCUCCUCCUAAUCCGGAAGCUUCUGGAACUGAGAAGAAUCGGUGGAGUUUUCUUAAGUAUAGCGUUAUUGCUGCCGUCACUGGUGGUGUUGCCACUGCUGGUUACGCUAGCUAUGCAUACACAUUGGAUGAAAUUGAGGAUAAGACCAAAACUUUGCGUGAAUCUGCGAAAUAUACUGUUGGGGAUGAUGCAUCUGCUACCGAUAAAUUUCAAGCUUUAUUAUACUCCUCGGCAAUGACAGUGCCUGCCAAGCUAGUUGAGUUUUACAUUGACCUGAGGCGGUUGACCGAGGAGCAAGUUCGAGGUUUUAGUGAACCAACAUCAGACCAGCUCCUGCCAGAUUUGCACCCACUGGAGCAGCAUGUCUUUACUCUUGUUCUUGAUCUUAGCGAGACAUUGAUAUACUCUGAUUGGAAGCGUGACAGAGGCUGGAGAACAUUCAAAAGACCUGGGGUUGAUGCUUUUUUGGAACAUUUAGCUCAAUAUUUUGAGAUCGUUGUAUACUCUGAUCAACUGAACAUGUAUGUUGAUCCUGUUAUCGAAAGAUUGGAUCCAAAGCACUGCAUCCGUUAUAGGCUGUCAAGAGGUGCAACUAGAUAUGUUGAUGGCAAGCAUUACAGAGAUCUUUCCAAGCUGAAUCGGGAUCCAUCAAGAAUUAUAUAUGUGAGUGGACAUGCACUAGAAAGUAGUCUUCAGCCAGAAAAUUGCAUAGAAAUAAAACCAUGGAAAGGAGAGGCGGAGGAUACUGUGCUUUUGGAUCUUAUUCCGUUUCUUGAAUAUGUUGCUAAACAUAGGCCAGCUGAUAUCCGAACUGUAUUAGCUUCAUACCAAGGACGUGAUAUUCCGAAGGAGUUCAUUGAGCGGUCCAAGGAUUACCAAAGGCGUAUGCAAGAGCAAAAGCAACAUGGUCGAUUCUGGCGCCGCUAGUAAUACGAGUUGACAGCGAGUUAGUCUUGAGAGACAAAAAUAAAAAUUUUAAAAAAGGAUUCCUUUGUAAGAUUAGACCAGUUGAUAGAAGGACGUAAAACUAUAAUCCCAUUUUUGUGUAGCUAAGGAACAGGAUUUGUUCCAGUUGAGAAAAGUUAACUCCUAACAACAUGACUGUAUUCUUUUUCCCCUCCAGCAAAAGGCUUUUGUCAUUAUCUCUUCGUAAUAAUAGAGAAUGUCAAUGUUUUGUUA